AUUUGUGUGAUUUCUUCUUCUCAAUAUCUCCUGCAUCCUACAGAAGAUGAGGACUCCAUCAGAAGCUCUGAGGACGCAUCUCCGCGAAAGCGUGGAGAAUGGUUCGGCCAUUCUCUUCGCUCAGAUUACUCUAUUUACUGCAGCACUUUUGAUGUGGAAAACCAGGUCACACGCAGAACAUGAUAGCACCCGAAUCAAAACGGUACUUUCUUACCAAAUCAUCUCAGCUGUUCUGGUAUCUAAUUCGAGGCGUUUGAGUCGACGUGGAUUCAUCCACAGACCAUGUGGCUUCAAGGUAAAUUCAAUAGCAAAUCUCUUCUGCUUGCUUCUAGCUAUUGUUUCAGAGAAAUUAUAUGAGAAAUCCUUGAGUAAUCUGUGUUUUACCUUGAGUAUCACGGUUCUGUUUCUAAUCCUACUGGUCAUAGUACAACCCUCCACGGACCUUGGGUUCUUCGGUUUUCUAACUGGAGUCAUUGGAUCGGUUGCUUACAAUCUCUUCGGACACAAAUUUCAAACUUGGAUAGUUGUAGCCAUUUGUUUUCCGCUAUUGGCUUUUAGGUGCUGGUUAGACAAGCAUUGGUUGGAGGUGGAAGAAUAUCAGUCACUGCUCCCCGCCAUCGGAAGAAGAAGAAGAAGAAGCAGAAGAAGAAGAAAGUCCAAAUCAGAGAUUAUUGAGGCAUUAACAGUGAUGGGUUUCCACCUCUUUUGGGCUUACAAUUUGUUUAGAACAAAUUGUCGAAAAAUAAAAGGACCACCGGAAUCCAUAUGUUGCACCUCAAGUUCUAUAAUGGGAAUGCCCGCAUGUGUGCUCAUUUUCAUUUUGUGGUUCGGCCUUACCCUUGUUCCUCGUGUACAAUCUUUGUUCCAAACUGGAACUGCAGAGUCCAAGAAGGAAGAACCGUAGAAAGAGGACCCGGCUGCUCAUCGUGGAGCGAGGAGGAGGAAUAUAUUCGUGAGUUAGAAUCUCUUUUAGAGAUGAACUGUUAGAAUCUCUUUUAAAGAUGAAUUAAUCUGUGAUUCAAUUGUUAAGGGUUUGAAAUAAAAUUAAAAAUUUUAAAUUUAAAUUUCGUGUUGAGUGGGAAGUGGGAGUGUAGUGGGUAAGAUAAAGUUUAUAUGGAAAAGAAAGAAUUUCUCCAAGCUUGAUUUGCAGGAGCUUGAUUUGCAGAAGCUCUACUCGGAGGUCUUCUCCCUCGGAGAUUACAAAUGGUACUUUAAUUUUGUUUUCCUUUUGGGCAUACAUACAUAGAAUACACAAUGGAGAAAUGU